AUGGGACGCGGGCUGCUCAAGAAGAAGCUGCACGAGUACGUCGACUCCAAGGUCACCCAACGCAUCCGCCCCUUCCUCGAGGUCGGCGAACACCCCGACAUUGGUGACGCCUGCUCCGACUUUGUCGUGCACGAAUCCUCAGACAUCAGCCUCGAGAAUGCCAUCCUACGAGUUGGUAUCGACGACUGA